AUGACUACCACCGAGACUCCUGAAACUACUGAUGACUGUCCUGAAUCCAAGUCCUCGGAAACUCCUGAAACAACUGAUGACUGCCCUGAAACUAAAACCACAGUCUUUACCUCUGAAGGCACCCUCUGUACUACAGGAUACAAAGUUGUCACUACCACUGCUAACAACACGACUAUCGCCACUACCACUCUCUGUCCAUUACCAACAAAACAUAUUACUCCUAAUGAAACCGUUGUCACACCAACUAUUGUUCCUUCGUAUCCUGUUACAGCCAACUCUUCACUUCCUGCUCCAACUCAGUCAAUUGUCCCUCCAGUUCCUUCAAUUCCUUCAGUGCCAAUAUUCGAAGGUGCGGCCAAUAUGCAUCAUUUGCCAAUCGGUAUUGCUGUUGGUGCCGCCCUCCUCAGUUGUCUCGUCUGA